CCGCCCCGCGCCCCGGCAGCCAUGCGGACCCUGCGGCCGCAGCUGGCCUCCCUGCUCCUCCUCGGCAUGGCCUUGGCCCAGCAGCAAGUGACGGUGCAAGAGGGGCCCCUCUACCGCACGGAAGGGUCCCACAUCACGCUGUGGUGCAAGGUGAGCGGCUACCAGGGCUCAGCAGAGCAGAACUUCCACUGGUCCAUCUACCUGCCCUCGGCCCCUGAGCGGGAGGUGCAGAUCGUCAGCACCAUCGACCCUUCCUUCCCCUACGCCAUCUACACCCAGCGGGUGCGCAGCCGGGGGAUCUACGUGGAGCGGGUGCAGGGGGACGCCGUCCUGCUGCACAUCACCGAGCUGCAGGACCGGGAUGCCGGGGAGUACGAGUGCCACACGCCCAACACCCAGGAGAGGUACUUUGGGAGUUACAGCGCCAAGAUGAACCUCGUGGUGAUUCCCGACUCGCUCCGAGUGACGGCAGUCCCGCAGACGCUGAACAAAGUGGAGCAUGACUCCCUGGAGCUGAAAUGCGAGGUGUCCAAGAGCACAGCCCAGCACAGCCACGUCUCCGUUGGCUGGUACCGGCAGCGAGGCAGCGAGACACCUGUGGAGGUCAUCUCCCUCAGCCGUGACUUCGUCCUGCGGGCUGGCAGCGCCUACGCCCAGCGGCAAGCGACGGGGGACAUCCGCUUGGACAAAGUGGGGGAGACCACCUCAAAGCUCACCAUCUACAACCUCCACCCAUCGGAUCAGGGCGAGUUUUACUGCGAGGCAGUGGAGUGGAUCCAGGACCCGGACAAGUCUUGGUAUGCCAUGACCCGCAAGCGUUCCCAGGGUGCUAUCGUCAAUGUGCAAGCCACAGAUAAGGAAUUCAGCGUCCGGUUGGAGACGGAGAAGCGGACAUACAUUGUGGGUGAGCCAGUGGAGUUUCGAUGCAUCCUGGAGGCGCAGAAUGUCCCUGACCGCUACUUCUCCAUCUCCUGGGCCUUCAACAGCUCCCUGAUUGCCAGCCUGGGGCCCAACGCCGUGCCGGUGCUCAACAAUGAAUUUGCCCAGCGUGAGGCUCUGGGCCAGCUCAAGGUAGCCAAAGAAAGUGACAACGUUUUUGUGCUGAAGAUCUAUCGCCUCCGCCUUGAGGACAGUGGCAAGUACAACUGCCGGGUGACUGAGCGGGAGAAGACUGUGACAGGGGACUUCAUCGACAAGGAGAGCAAACGGCCGAAGAAUAUCCCCAUCACUGUCCUGCCGCUCAAGACCAGCAUCUCCUUGGAGAUUGUCAACAACGCCAGCAAUGUCUUGGAAGGAGAGAGCCUGCGCUUUGGCUGCAACGUGCGCUCAGGCUUAGGGCCCCAAAGCCGCCUCUCCAUCGUCUGGCAGCUGGUGGACAAGCUGAACCGGCGCAGUGAAAUUGUGCGUCUGGAUCGAGAGGGCACCCUGCAGCCAGGCCCCUCCUAUGCUGAGCGCAGCAGCUAUGGUGGCAUCCAGGUGGAGCAGGUCCGGCCCGGCUCCUUCACCUUGGAGAUCUUCAACAGCAUCAAGGCAGAUGAGGGCCACUACGAGUGCCGGGUGGCCGAGUGGACGCGGGCGGUGGAUGGGGAGUGGCAGAUUGUUGGGGAGCGGCACGUGAGCACCCCGGUGUCCAUCACUGCUCUGGAGGCUGGCUUUGCUGUCACAGCCAUCUCCCGCACCCCCGGGGUGACCUACAACGAGUCGUUCGACCUCCAGUGCAUCAUCAAGCCCCACUACCCGUCAUGGGUACCAGUGUCAGUGACAUGGCGUUUCCAGCCAGCAGGCAGCACCGAGUUUCACGACCUGGUCACCUUCACACGCGACGGCGGGGUCCAGUGGGGUGACAGGUACGCGGGUUUCCGGACCCGCACCGCCAUCGAGAAGGCCGAGUCCAGCAACAAUGUGCGCCUGAGCAUCAGCAGGGCGAGCGACACAGAGGCCGGCAAGUACCAGUGCGUGGCUGAGCUCUGGAGGAAGAACUACAACAGCAGCUGGACGCGGCUGGCCGACAGGACUUCCAACCUGCUGGAGAUCAGGGUCCUGCGGCCAGUCACUAAGCUGCAGGUGAGCAAGUCGAAGCGGAGCAUCACUCUGGUGGAGAACCGGCCCAUCCCCCUCAACUGCUCAGUGAAAUCCCAGACCAGCCCUGACUCGCACUUUGCUGUGCUGUGGUAUGUCCACAAGCCCUCCGAUGCUGAUGGCAAGCUCAUCCUGAAGACCACCCACAGCUCGGCCUUUGAGUAUGGCACCUACGCCGAGGAGGAGGGGCUGCGGGGCCGGCUGCAGUUCGAGCGCUCGGCGUCAGGGGGGCUUUUCAGCCUGACGGUCCAGCGGGCAGAGGUCCGAGACAGUGGCAGCUACUACUGCCACGUGGAGGAGUGGCUGCUCAGCCCCAACCACGCCUGGUACAAGCUGGCUGAGGAGGUGUCGGGACGGACAGAGGUCACUGUCAAGCAGCCAGAUAACCGCCUGCAGGUGAACCAGACCAACAAGAACAUCACAGUGCUGGAGAACCAGUGGGUGACCCUGGAGUGCCUGGUCAGCAGCCGGACCAGCCCCUCGUCUCAGCUCUCAGUGGAGUGGUAUGUCUGGCGGCCAGGCCACCCAGAGAAGGAGGCAGUGGCCCGACUGAGCCGUCAGAGCAUCCUGGGCUACGGGGACCUGGUGGUGCUGGGUGACCUGCGGAGCCGGCUGCACCUGGAGAGCCCAUCCCCGGGUCUCUACCUCCUCUCCAUCCAAAACACCACUGUGCAGGACAGUGGGACCUACGACUGCCGUGUGGAAGAGUGGCUCCUUGACCCCAGCGACCGCUGGUACAAGCGGGCAGAGGACCUCUCUGGACUCACCACCCUCACCGUCAAGCAGCCAGAUCCCACCUUGCAGGUGGACACAGCCACCGCCAACCUCACGGUGCAGGAGAAGGAGUCCUUCCCACUGGACUGCAGCAUCCUGUCCCGCUCCAGCCCGGACUCCCACUUUGCAGUGACAUGGUACAACCUUCAGGCCAAAGAGGCGGGCAGCCGGGCAGAGGAAGAGGAGGAGGAGGAGAGGGAGGUAGUGCUGAGUGUGGGCCCCGAUGCUGUCUUCAGCCCCGAGGCAGGUCGCUGGGAGGGCCGGCUGUGCUUCCAGAGGCUCUCGGCAGUGCUCUUCCGGCUGACAGUGCUGCAGGCCAGCAGAGCUGACACUGGCAACUACUCCUGCCGUGUGGAGGAGUGGCUGGCCGACCCCACUGGCGUGUGGUACCGGCUGGCGGAGGAGGAGUCGGGGACAGUCGCUGUUCACGUGCAGGAUGCAGGCUCUACCCUGCAGUCUGUCAUCUGCUCCAAUGACGCCUUGUUCUACUUUGUGUUCUUCUACCCCUUCCCCAUCUUUGGCAUCUUGAUCAUCACCAUCCUCCUGGUGCGGUUCAAGAGCCGAAACUCCAGCAAGAACUCGGAGGGCAAGAACGGGGUCCCCUUGCUGUGGAUCAAAGAGCCUCACCUCAACUACUCUCCCACUUGCCUAGAGCCGCCAGUCCUCAGCAUCCACCCAGGAACCAUAGACUAAAGACCCAGAGGCACCCAGGAGGACAUGGAGAGAGAAAGAGAGAGAGAAGCAGAGACACACCAGGAGCCCUAAGGAACAGAGUGUUUUUUGUUGUUCUUGUUUCAUUUGUUUCAGUGUCUGUGCUCCAGCCUGGCAGCUGAGCGCUACAGAGUGCCCAGCUGGCAGAGACAGGAAGGUCCCAGGCUUCCUCCAGCAGUGGGAACAUGCCUUCUCACCCUGAUGGACGAAGGGUCCCUGCACUUGCUGUACAUAGUGGAUGAUGUUUCUCUCAGAUUAUUUUUUCUCCCAUCAGUUGCUGUCCUUUGGGCUCUUACUUUUUUGUUGUCAUUCCUUUUUCAUACGCUCAAAGAACUGAACUGUAGGCUUCCUUCCCCCUCUGCACAGAGAGGAGUUCCAGGGGGUAUGUGGUCCUGGGACAAUCUCUUUGAAAGUAAAUGUAUAUGCUUUCCAGAACACUGUGGUUUUCCUCCUCAGACUUGGUGCCAUGGUGAAGGUCUUUUCCCAAGGUGCGCUGAGCUAGCUACUCCCUCUUCCAAAGCAGGCAAAGCCAGGUGACCUCCAGAGGAGGUUAGCUGGGCUAUCAGGAGGUCCAUUGCAAAGACUGUAGCCUCAGCAUCUUCUUGCCUCCAUCUUACUGUUCUGUCAGGAGUGGCCAGUUCACCUUUGGGACCAUUCCCUCAUCUUGGAGAGACUGAAUAUUCAGUGCGCUUGCAGUCAGGACAAAAGCAAUUUAGUUUGUCUCCAGCAGAUGAAGCGUGGUAUGGAAGGAGGACAGCUGAAAACCCUGCCUUCAUUGGUAAAAAAGAGGGUCCUCAUAUGGUUCAGCUUGCCAGAGUCGUACUCCUCCCUGGUGUUCAUGCUGCCACCUCUGAUGAGGUGGGUCCCCCUCUGUGCCUCAGUCACCUGGGGACAGGUGGCGGGAUCCAGUUGCUGAAGACUUCAACAUGACCAAAGUAAUGACUCUAGAAAGGGGGAAAGGUGAAGCUCCAUGAGUUGGGUUCACAGCCUCUGGGUGGUUCAGCCAAGGAGUCCAUUUGUAGCCAUGCCACACAGCAGGGACAUGCAAUUAACCACCACAUGUCAUGAGUUUCCUCACAGCUUGCACUACUUCCUGAUGUGAGCUUGGACAAGGCAAGGAGCCUGUGCUGCCUCGGUGCUGUCGCAAGCUGACAGCUUCCCUGUUCUCUUGGGCUGAGAGAAAUCUUCCCCUGCAUGUGUGUGUGCUUCUGCCGUUGUCGUUGCUGGAGCUUUAGGAGGAGAAACCAUUUCUCCAUAAGCUCUCUCUCCUGGCAAAGUCAUCUCUGGUCCUAGGCAGUCACUGUGGCAGGAAAUGCUGUUCUUUCUGUGAAAGAUAUGGCUCUUGCAAACCAAAUCAGGGCUCUUGCCACAUGGGGCACUUCAGCUCCUGUGCCCUGUAAUGCCAAGCACCCCUGCCCUGUCCUGUGGAGGAAACCGCCUCCUCCCCAAUAUGCCCUCAGCAUUGUCUGGCGGAAGAAAAUGUUUGCCAAAAAUGGCCUUUUGUUGUCUUCCUUGAUGUCUUCCUGGCAAAUCUGGCCAUAUUUUUUUUUUUGCAGCAUGGCUGAAGCCAACCAGGGCGGAUGGGUGCAGCUGCAAGAACCGCCCCCGCCUCGCGUUCAAGAGGUGCCAUACCCACAGCCGUUGUCCUCUUUGGGAGGAUUGGAGUGCUCUUUGUGAAGAGAAGGGAACCUCAGCAGAUGCUCUGUAGCACCCGUCAGUUAGACCCUGAUGCCUUGAUGUUUCAGAGGUGGCAAAGCCUCAGCUGGGAGAUCUGCACCAUGCAUCCUUCUCUCCCAGCUGAGAGAGAACCCACAUGGCCGUUCUGUCCCAUGCCACAGCAUUCCAAGUCAGCCACCUCUGCUCCUCUAUCAGAACAGCACUGGUUUCUUCUUCUGCUGGGAAGCCCCAUUUUCACUCAUCCCUCUGCAGAGUCUGCCUCCUCGAGAUGUAACUGCUUACCGACUCCAGCGUAUGCAUAAUAUCACACUUCUAUACAAAUGUAUGUAUCACACACCCACACACUUGUUUUCCCUUUCUGGAUAAGGCGUCUGUAAAGAGAGGAGUGGGAUGAGAAGUGAAUGGAAAUGAAGAACUGAGGCACAAGCAGCAACUGCAGCUGCAGCCAGUGGGUAUUGUUUUGUAAAUGUAGUAUUUCCUGUACAUACUGCUCCCGGGCAGGAACUCCAACUCUUUUCAGCUUUAAAGGAAAAAAGAGAAAAUGAAGUCAGCAAGAGCCGUUCUUUCCUGAGAGAGCACUGUGCUGCAUCCAAGCCACACUCCUCUCCAGCCUGUUUGACCUGAGGCAGGGCUGUCCUGGAGUGGUGUCCAGUGGCCCUGUUCCCCUGGUUGAAACAGGUCGCAGCCCAGCCCAGCAGUUCCUGCACCAAGUGCUGGCUUUCCUGGGAAAUUACUCCCACAGUGGUCCCUUGAAUGUACCUUGCCAGGGGCAUUUCUCUGUUGCUCUGGCAUUGUGUUGCCCAGACUCAAACUUCUGUUUUUAUAAGGCAGACUUCCUGUAACAAGUUUUAACAUGAAGCUUUUCAAACCACUCUCUCUACUGUAACUUUCUAAAAUGAACCCAAGACAAAAGAGAGAGACCCUAUCCAUGCAUGAUGUGGAAAAAUGUUUGGGAAUUAUUUUUUUUUAAAAAAAAAAACAAACAGCAAAAACUUUGUACUAUGUUGCACUAAAACAUGUUUUAUACAACACACCUGAGAGCUGUAGUAAACUGUGUUGAAAUUGUGAA